CCCCCUCGCAGACGCUCUUGGUAUGCGCCGCGCUCCCCCUCCUCGCCGCAGUGGUUUGGCCGUGGCGACCCCUCUCCAGCGGAGCGUCCCCCACGCUUGGUACAGCCCAGCCCGUCUCCCCCGAAGCCGUGCGCCCGCGCCCCUCAGUCGGUGGAGCCCGCAGCCCCCCGUGAGGCCAGUGGCAGCCCCCAGCCCGCUCAGUCCGCGCCCGCCAUGGUCCGUCCGCGCCGCGCCCCGCACCGCUCUGGCGCCGGGGGCCCCCUCGGGGGUCGCGGCCGCCCCCUGAGGCCCCUCACGGCGCGCGCGGCCCGCUCGCGCUCUUGGCCGGCCAGUCCCCGAGGCCCGCAGCCGCCGCGGAUCCGGGCUCGCUCGGCCCCUCCCAUGCAAGGUGCUCGGGUCUUUGGGGCCCUGGGUCCCAUAGGGCCCUCCUCACCGGGGCUCGCCCUUGGGGGCCUGGCCGUAGGCGAGCACCGGCUCAGCAACAAGCUGCUGGCCUGGAGCGGCGUCCUGGAGUGGCAGGAGAAGCGUCGACCCUACUCUGACUCCACUGCGAAGCUGAAGCGGGCCCUGCCCUGCCAGGCCUACGUGAACCAGGGCGAGAACCUGGAGACGGACCAGUGGCCGCAGAAGCUGAUCAUGCAGCUGAUCCCGCAGCAGCUGCUGACCACCCUGGGCCCCCUGUUCCGCAACUCCCAGCUGGCGCAGUUCCACUUCACCAACAGAGACUGUGACUCCCUCAAGGGGCUCUGCCGAGUCAUGGGCAACGGCUUCGCGGGCUGCAUGCUCUUCCCCCAUAUCUCCCCCUGCGAGGUGCGGGUGCUCAUGCUCCUGUACUCGUCCAAGAAGAAGAUCUUCAUGGGCCUCAUCCCCUAUGACCAGAGCGGCUUCGUCAACGCCAUCCGGCAGGUCAUCACCACCCGCAAACAGGCAGUAGGACCCGGUGGUGUCGCAGGCCCUGUUCAGAUCGUCAACAAUAAGUUCCUGGCAUGGAGUGGAGUCAUGGAGUGGCAGGAGCCCAGGCCUGAGCCCAACAGUCGGUCUAAGCGGUGGCUGCCGUCACACAUCUAUGUGAACCAAGGGGAGAUCCUGAGGACUGAGCAGUGGCCGCGGAAGUUGUACAUGCAGCUCAUCCCGCAGCAGCUGCUGACCACCCUGGUGCCACUCUUCCGGAACUCCCGCCUGGUUCAGUUCCACUUCACCAAGGACCUGGAGACGCUGAAGAGCCUGUGCCGGAUCAUGGACAACGGCUUUGCCGGCUGCGUGCACUUUUCCUACAAGGCCUCGUGCGAGGUGCGCGUGCUCAUGCUCCUGUACUCCUCGGAGAAGAAGAUCUUCAUUGGCCUCAUCCCCCAUGACCAGAGCAACUUCGUCAAUGGCAUCCGGCGUGUCAUCGCCAACCAGCAGCAAGUCCUGCAGCGGAACCUGGAGCAGGAGCAGCAGCAGCGAGGGAUGGGGGGGUAGUGGCCACCCCCCAGGGCUGGGCCUCUCCAGGAGUCACAGACGAGGCCCCCACCAAGACCGGUCAGAUGCUUCUGAGUAGGGGUCCCUGGGGACUGCAACUGCCCAGUGAGAUGGAGGACAGCGUCCUGAGAUGUCUCCAAGGACGAUCCCCACCCCUGUACGUUUCCCCAAUAAAGUCUUUUAAAAGCC